AUGACGGCGACCUCACCCACGUCGUCCCAGCGGACGUACUUGCGCAUUGUAGUGUACUGCGAUGAUUCGCAGGAGCCGCACACCUUACCGGAUGUACGUGUGCCGCGGAGCGUCGGCGAGGUGCAGCGACUCGUGGAGGACCGAGUAGGACAGCGCGCAAUGGUGCUUUCCUACUGGAAUCAUGCGCACAGUCGCUACGAGCUGCUGAAGGAUGUGAGUGAACUGCUGCAGGCAGACGGGGGUCUGCUUUCUCAGCGUUUGCACACCUCAGCGAAUGAGGCCGCGGAGACGGCAGAGGCAGAUGGGACGACGAACACGGACGGCGGAGCCACCUCCGCCAGCGAGCUGGCCGCCAACCAUUCCAAGCUCUGCAUCUAUCGCUGCCAGCUGUGGAUGGAGACAACACUGAUUCAGCUGGAGCCACUGGAUAAACGGCGCGACAAGCUCGAGUACGAUGAGCUGCGCAGCCACGUUGCUUGCUGGCUGGGCAACAAGCAUGUCGGCUUCGAAGUGCAGGAUGCGAUGCGCAUUCGUUGUUCUUUUCUGACGCGCAUGUUUGACGAGACGCGAAGCAGACGGCUGUCGGCCAAUCAGAACAAGGUGCAGCUGCUCUACUACAGCAACAACGCGUGGAGCGUGCGCGACGUCCUGCAGUAUGGAUUCCUGCUCAGCAACAGCGUCCCUCAGUCGCUGGCAGCCGUGCUGCAGUCCUGCGGCGACUCGGACGUGUCAAGCGGCACUGAGUCGCGGUCGAGCAAUCCUGUUUCACAUGUCGGGGGUGGUGCCUCGACGCCGACCUCUCCGUCGUCAGCGCCGCCGACCGCGGCGAACACGCGACGCACGCCUUUUGUUUUUACCUCCUCGAUGCUUAGCGCGCAUGUGAAGUAUAUGCCACCCAACACCGCACCUCACAAGGUGCUGCUGUGCGAAGUUGCACCUGGACGCCGUUUCAUGACUGACCAGGGCCUCACGGGCGAGAGCCCCGACAAGCAGGCCUACCCCACCCCUCCUAUGAAGCCACCACGCGGCUACGACAGUGUUUGCUACAUGCGGGCACACAAGCAGAAGACCAGCCUGCGCACAGAGGACGCCGCUGAAAUUGCCGCAGAAGACCUCUCCCUGGUGCAGGUGCAGGUGCAGCACAGCUACCAGGCACUGCCCCGCUAUCUACUGACGGUGGUCCCCUCCGCCGCCACUCUGUCGGCACAGCAGCGUUGCAAGAGCGGACGGUACGCCACAACCAGCCCGGUCCGGUCGCCAGGGACGACAGCGCAGGCCGCGGCAGCGAGGGAGAACGAGAAGAUGAACCGCGCGGGAGGGGUGCCGCCGCCGCUGCCGUCCCCGUCUUCCCCAUCUUCCCCAUCGUCCCCGUCUUCCCCGUCGAAGACCUACAACAUGAAGGAGUGGUUCAAGUCCAGCCCGAGGCGGGGGCCCGUGUCGGAGGACAAGGGCGCGAAUCCGAAGCGGGCCAUCUCUCCGCAUAGCACCAGCGGUGUCUUCAGGGAGGUGCGCUACGCAGAGAGCACAGCACCCUGCCGACGAGCUGCCUCCGCCACCACGCCGGGUCGCGGUGAGCCCUCCGAACAGCGCCGCGCCGCGCGGGAAACCCGCGCCGAGUGCGACGAAGACAACACCGCGUAUCACAGCGGUGGCGGACUGAUCGAACCCUGGGCGCGAGACUCUGCGCCUGCGAGAGGCACAGAGACUGCAGUGCGCAGUGACCUGGUGACAGGCUCGCCGUGGACGCCAGGGGUAUACUCAGCCGGCAACGGCGGCUCGCGCAGCGCUUCGCACACUAAUCGUGUCUCUUACAGCGGUGUUCGUGCUGCUUCGGCACCCCGCGCGCCCCCGGCGCAGCAUCUGUCGCCAUUGAGCCCAUCCGCCGCCCAAGUCUCGCCAAGCAUGAAUUCGUCGUGGGCGACUGGCGGCCUGGUGCCUUCUCUGUCGUUCCGCGGCGCCUACAACGCGCACUCGAGUCACAACGGGCUGCUCUACGAGAGCCUGCCCCGUGAUCGCAGCGCCACGAGUCGCGACGCAGCAUAUCUGUCAGUGCCUGCUGCCGCGGGCAGAAGUGCUGGUGGGAGAGCCGCAAGCGCUGGCGCGCCGCUGCCAGCUGCCCAUCAUGGAGCCCCCUCACGGCCUCCCCUUUUGCCACUGCAUGAGGGCGUGUGCGGAGGCGGCGCGAUGGGCAGCGGGGGCAUCGCUGGUCCGACGCUGAAGACAGUGCCGCCCGCCUCCUCCACAGCCCCGUUUUCACAGCGGCAGGCGCCACCGGCGGCCUUGGGUCAGUUUACCUGCGACAUUCAUCCCCGUCAGAUCAAGUCGCUCUACUGCAUGGCGUGCGAGGAGCUGACGUGCCCGUACUGCGCCAGCGUUGGGGCGCACCGCUCUCACGUGGUGGUGGAGGUAGCGGAAAGAGCAACGGCUGUGUGCGCCAAGGCGGAGGCACUGCACGAGGCGCUGCGCCACUGGCUGACCCAGUGCAAGCAAACAGAGGAGCAGCUGAGGGCGGAGCAGACCCGCUACGCUGCGCGGCAGCAGCGAUAUCUGCGCUUCAUCCAACAGCAAUUCUCGACACUGAAUCAGGCGCUUCGGCAGGCGGAGCGUUCCAUGACGCAGACGGUGCAGGAGGCGCAGCGCAGGCCGCCGCUCGCAGAGGCUGCUGCUGUGGUCACCAAGUACACGCAAGCGUUCGCCGCUUUAGACGCGGCGUUGCGUCAUUAUUACAGCACAGUAGCUCCCAGUAGUAAUGGGCGCUGCGCAGAGCGCACUUGCGGUCCCACGAACCGCUUGCUCGACUUGUUGCACUUCCUUCGCACGACCUCGUCGCUGAUUCGCCAAGUGCAAGGGAGCAUUGCUCGACGCAAGGACGAGGAGAAGCGCCUGCGCGACGCCAUUGUGGGCUGCGAGGUUCAGGCGCAGGCGAAUGAGGCACUCUUUCAACAGGUUGACUGGGCGGGCCUGCGCCGGCUGCUUGUGAGCAUCGGCAGCGCCCGCACCAACAUGGUCAACGUAGCGGAGCCGCAGCCGCCUACCUCGGUAGGGCCAUUUCACAGUAGCGGGACCGCGUCUCCGUCACUGCACGAAGCCACCGCCCUCUCUAUGCCUGGGGCAGCACCAAGCCGGCCAAACUCUGCCAAGGUGCGAGCGCGCACUGAGACACCGACGGCGCUCUCUUUGCCGCGCUGUGACGCCAGCAGCGAUGUACCGCAGCGGCUGCUGGACAGUCUACCUGUCGGUACUCUUAUGCAGAGCGCAAACGGUGCUGCCACAUCGCCGCUGGCGCAGCAGAAUCUCGGCCUGCACCGCUGUCUGACGGACCUCCAGAGAGGCUACAUUUGGGUCAUCCAGAGCGCCACGUCUUACUUCGCACCUGGACAACGAAAGACAGUCUGCUCCACACCAUUCCGCCUGCUCGGUGCAUCGUGGGAGCUGCGCGUUGCCCCGCUUCCGCGAGAACGUUGCCACGACGGCAGCGCGUCCUCCACGCCGAUGGCGGAGCCGGGGAUCAACAGCGGCGUGAUGGACACCGCAGCGUCUAGGUUGACACCACCCAAUGUGCUGGAAGGAGGCGGCAGAGGGCUCGGCGGUGGUCAGGUGCACACCUCACUCCUUCUCACGCGCUCCGCGCAGGAGGACCACUACACGUUCGCGGCAGAGGAUGUCGAUGACGCCCUCGUGACGUCGGUGCCCUUGUCCGACGAGGAAGAGGAGGAGUGGCUCGGUCUCUUUCUCUUUCCUUUGCAGCACCGUCUGCGCAUAGACUUCCGCGUUAUCGUCUUCUCCGAGGUGGCAUGGGCGGAGUGGCAGGUGACGGGGUGGACGGCGCGAUUUGCCGGGAGUGGAUGGGGUCUCUACUCCUUCUUACAACGCAGAGAGCUGAUGCAGACCGACAAGCUGGCGCGCGAUAACACGGUGAAGAUUUGCAUAGCCCCCAUCAGCGACCUGUAUUAG